AGGAACCAAUAAAGAUAGCGAUAUAAAACUGUAUACAAAUACUGUAUUUGAGCUGAGAUAUCACUUGUGGAAAAGUUGUCGAAAUCAAACUAUAACUUUUCAAUGUCCAUGAUAUGGAACGUGAAGAACUCAGUGCCUAAGUGUAUUACUAAGUGUGCCUCAAAUAUCGGUAAACCUCUCAGAUAUUUUAAUAUUAUUCAGAGGGAAUAAUUUUCCUCAAAUAGGGUGUCUCUGUACCAAAAUGGUUAAAAUCGGGUCAUAACUUCCCCUAUACUAAGUGACAAACCGACCAGGUGUAUUGUGCGAUAAGUAACAUUGUACAAAGUCGCCACAAUGUCGGUAACUAUUUGAUUUACAGUUACUUUAAAUUCAAACUAGCUAAGGUAUUUUGAAUUUUGUCACUUAGAUUCAUUUGAGUGUGGUUCAUAAAUAAUAUACAGAGGUAGUCAAAAUUGUUUACACAUCGAACGAUUUUUAGAUGUUUCACACAAAAAGCUUUCGCUUGCUGUUGUUGUUGUCGCAGGGUAACAAAAUGUUAUGUUGUUGUAACAUUCCUGAGCGAAUGAAGUCUGUUUGGCUAAAAUAGCUAGAAAUAUGGCGGGGAAAUACGCAAAUGAACUGAAGACUCGCAGUAGUCGAAAGUAUUUACACACAACUUGAAAUGGAUUAUCCUGUAAUUUUUUAAUGAUAAUUUUUUUAAUUUUAAUGUUUAGUCUAAGUUACUAUUCUAAGGCGAUAAAUUCAUAAUUGGUUACAUCCUCUUUGGCAUCAAUAACAGCCUAUUUUAUGGUUCGAAUUGAUUCAACACAUUUGGGCGCUAAGUUAACUGUUAAAUUAGACCAAAUGUCGAUAAUUUCGGCGUUGUUACCCUGCGACAAUAACAACAAUAAGCGAAAGCUUUUUGUGUGAAACAUGUAAAAAAAAGUCCGAUGUGUAAAUAAUUUUAACUACCUCUGUAUAAUGGAUCAUAAAUAAGUGAACAAGCAACAGUUUGUCAAUUCAUAUUGUGUAAAAUCAUUCGAAGUGAAGUUUUUAUUUAUUUAUUCGAAAUAUUGAAUGAAAUAGCAUCUACUGAAGAUAUACAAAUUUUUCCUCUUAAUAAAUAUGGGGAAAAAACAACGUUUAAGUACUUCAGAACGCAUUUCAAUUGUUAAUUUACAUAAAAAAGAUGUAACUUUACGCUCAAUAGCAAAAACUUUCAACAAAUCUCCUUCAGCAGUCCAUAAAAUCAUAAAAAUUAUCAUUAUUGAGAAUAGAAUUGCUCUUAAGAUUUCCACAGGAAGACAUAAAAUUGCAUCAAAACGUGUUGAUUACGGAAUUAUGAAAUUAUGAAUUAUCUUAAAACCAAAUAAUUUUGGUCAAAAAUUCUUUGGAAGGACGAAUCAAUGAUAAGGAUGGAGUACAGUGAUGGCCAAUGGAUUUUUGUGGCGUAAACAAGGCGAAGCAUUGACAUUCAAGUGUGUAAAACCUACCCCUAAAGAAGACAUUAUGGGUCCCAUGGUAUGGGGCUGCAUUUCUGCAGAAGGAGUAGGCAAAAUAGUUGUACUUGAAGUCAAGUUAACGCUCAAGCGCAUCUUAACUUAAUAAAGUAAGUCAUCAUAAUGCUCGAAAAUUUUACGAAAAAAUGAAGCGACUUAACGAAGGUUUCAAGACCGGAGCAACCUCAUGUAGAGAUCAAGAUGGUAAUCUGGUAUCCGAUGUCCAGGGCGUACUGGGAUUAUGGAGGGAACACUUCUCCGACCUGCUGAAUGGCAAUGAAUGUACAACACCAGGAGAUGGCGAACCCGAUUCCCCAAUCGAUGACGAUGGAAUACCAUUACCCGACCAUGAACAAAUUCGAAUAGCAAUUACCCGCCUGAAGAACAAUAAAGCGGCAGGGGCCGAUAAAUUACCGGCCGAACUAUUCAAAUACGGCGGCGAAGAACUGAUAAGGUGCAUGCAUCAGCUUCUUUGCAAAAUAUGGUCGGAAGAAAGCAUGCCUGACGAUUGGAAUCUCAGUGUGCUCUGCCCAAUCCAUAAAAAGGGAGAUCCCACAAACUGUGCCAAUUAACGUGGGAUAAGCCUCCUAAAUAUCGCCUAUAAGGUUCUAUCGAGCGUACUGUGUGAAAAACUUAAGCCCACCGUCAACAAACUGAUUGGACCUUAUCAGUGUGACUUUAGACUUGAAAAAUCCACAAUGGACAAGAUAUUCACCAUGCGCCAAAUCUUGGAGAAGACCAGUGAAAAUAGGAUCGACACACACCACCUUUUUGUCGAUUUUAAAGCUGCUUUCGACAGCACGAAAAGGAGCUGCCUUUAUGCCGCGAUGUCUGAAUUUGGUAUCCCCGCAAAACUAAUACGGCUGUGUAAGUUGACGUUGAGCAACACCAAAAGCUCCGUCAUGAUUGGGAAGGACCUCUCCGAGCCGUUCGAUACCAAACGAGAUUUCAGACAAGGUGACUCACUAUCGUGCGACUUCUUUAACUUGA